CUUAGCAACAAGCAUUCGCGAGCCCCCGCUAGCUUCUCAGCACCAGCGUAGCAAGCUGGACCUUUAGCUUACCAAAGAUAGGAAUGUUUUCACACACAGUUAAUGCAGUGAGAAUUCUCCCAGUCUUAGAUACUAAGUAAUUAUUUUUCGCCACUAUAACAGGUGAAAUAUUUUGUUCUGUUCUCUUGUCAGACAGAAAUCGUUAACGCCCAGAGGUUUCUCUCUGAAAAGUGGCUAACCUAGGGAAGGUAACCUUAGCACCGUAGUCUGGCGUCUCCACUGGCUGCAAAGAGGAACAGAUCGAGGACGUGGAUAUGUCAUUGUGGGUUAGCUGGCCGGUUAGCUGACCUAAUGCUGGUGGAGAAGUUUUAACUGAAUCUCACAGCAGUUGGUGCAUGUUUGCGUCAUAUUGUUGAAACCACUGAGUGCAACUAAGCAAAGCAGCCACCAUGUUGGAAGAGGACAUGGAGGUGGCCAUCAAGGUGGUCGUGGUCGGCAACGGAGCCGUUGGCAAGUCCAGCAUGAUCCAGCGUUACUGCAAAGGCAUUUUCACAAAGGACUACAAAAAGACAAUUGGGGUGGACUUUCUUGAAAGACAGAUUAUAGUAAACAGUGAGGAGGUUCGACUAAUGCUGUGGGACACUGCUGGCCAGGAAGAGUUUGAUGCCAUUACCAAGGCUUACUACAGAGGUGCCCAGGCCUGUGUGCUAGUCUUCUCUACAACAGACCGCGAGUCGUACCAGGCCAUCGACAACUGGAGGGAGAAGGUGGAGGCGGAGGUUGGAAAUAUUCCCACAGUCCUGGUGCAAAAUAAAAUCGAUCUCCUGGAAGAAACUGUAAUAAAAAAUGAAGAGGCGGAAGCUUUGGCUAAAAGACUUAAACUGAGAUUUUAUCGCGCAUCUGUAAAAGAGGAUCUGAAUGUCAAUGAGGUUUUCAAGUACUUGGCUGAGAAAUAUCUCCAGAGACUCAAACAGCAAACAGCAGAGGAAACAGAGGUGAUCCACUCUACAAGCAAUAAAAUAGGUGUUUUCAAUACCACUAGUAGUAAUGUAACCAACCAGAGCUCCAGCAAUGGCAGAGAAGUCAUCACUUUACGACCCAAUAAACAGAGGACCAAGAAGAGUAAGAACCCUUUUGGAGGCUGCAGUCUGCUCUAGAAAACAUUUCCUACAAUUUAGCUUUUGAUUUCAGCGACUUGCAUUUCUGUUUAAGAUGACAUCAGUCAUUGUUGUAUUACCUGGAGGUAAGCCCACAAAGACUGGGAAUGUCAAUAUAACACCAUUUUCAGUUCUUCAUUGAUUUUUCAACUUUUGUGCACCUGUUGCUCCUCCCAUUGUGAUUGCCUUAAAUAACGGCAACAGCUGCAGUUUUCUUUUGUGUCCCUAAUAAAUUCUAUAUUUGA